UGCAUUCAUGCAUUGGCUGCAGAGGAAUCUGAAACAGACAGUGAAGAAUCGGAUGUGAGUGAUUCUGAUGGAGAAGACACAUCUUGGAUCUCAUGGUUCUGCAAUCUCAGAGGAAAUGAGUUCUUUUGUGAGGUUGAUGAUGAUUACAUUCAAGAUGACUUCAACCUUUGUGGAUUAAGCAGCCAAGUGCCUUACUAUGAUUAUGCUCUUGAUUUGAUUUUGGAUGUUGAAUCCUCCCAUGGCGAUAUGUUCACAGAGGAACAAAACGAGUUAAUUGAAUCGGCAGCAGAGAUGCUUUAUGGUAUGAUUCACGCACGUUGCAUACUGACAAGCAAAGGAAUGGCUGCCAUGCCACAUAAACCAUCUCAGAGCUAUGUUCCAAGAGUUUUUGGGUUCAAACUUCACAAGCCAUGAAGCUUAAGCUUUCAUGAAAGUAAGAGGCUGUCUGUUUUAUAAAAUAUCCAGCUUGGAGUCAUUGCAUUCAAGCUCCAAGUGUCGGAGAUAUAAAUAAAUUUCAGUUGGCUGGUGUGCUCUAGGUUUGUUGUGUCCUGUAUCAUUGUGUGGACCAGUAAUGGUCUUUUUCAUUUCUAGUGGUUUGGAUCUGUUUGUUAUGUGUAGUUAUUUAGUUUUUAUGUGAAGUCUCAAAGUUGCAAUCCUUCUAUUUAAGCUCCAGGUUAUGUAGUUUUUAAGAAUUUUAUGUAUUAUUGUGUGCUUUAUGUGUGUUGUGUCACAUAUCAUCCUUUGAACAAUGAAUGUGUUAG